ACUUCAGCAUGGAUCAAAUGAAAUGUCAGAGAAAAAUGUUCAGAGCAUCGACACUGAAAUUUUUUUAAAACACUGAUUUGAAAAGAAUUUUAUGAGGAAUGUGUCAACCACCGAACAAGAAUAAUUCAGCAGUAUAGUGGUACCUUGGGUUACAUACGCUUCAGGUUACAGACUCCGCUAACCCAGAAAUAAUACCUCGGGUUAAGAACUUUGCUUCAGGGUGAGAACAGAAAUUGUGUUCCGGCGGCGCAGCAGCAGCAGCAGGAGGCCCCAUUAGCUAAAGUGGUGCUUCAGGUUAAGAACAGUUUCAGGUUAAGAACGGACCUCCAGAAUGAAUUAAGUAUUUAACGUGAGGUACCACUGUAUAUAAAGAUUAAAAAAUCACAAGUAAAAAGAGAGAGAACUCUUCCCCUCACCAAAAAAUAAAAAAGAAAGAUAAAUGAUUCCAUCCAUGUUAAUUUUUCUGAGAGGAUUGACAGACUGGAGAUGGGAUCAGUGGAUGUAAAAAGAAGCUGGACCUGAAAACAGCUUAAAAAUUCCCCAGGUCGGUGGCUGCUGAGGGGUCUCCAAUUGUCCCGUGAGAACGUGCAUCGUAGUGGAGGGUUGGGCUGCGACGCUCCUUGGAGGCUGAACAUUGUGCCCUGAAGCUGGAAAGAUUUAAAAAUGAAUUUCCAUAUCAAAGACUUAAAUCCACUUAAAUCCACGUCUCAAAGGCAGCAGAGAUCCUGAGUCACCCUGCUUGAGUUUCCUGGGUGGGGCAAGCAAUAUGCCAGAUCUCCUUUCUAACUCCACAUCUGCAGGGCAAGGAAAUUUUGAGUCACCCCCUGGAAACCCGCUCCUGGGGAGGAAAUGGAAACACAUCCAUUCACGCGCGAAAAGCAAAGAAAAGUGAUCCAAGCUCUUUCUUCCAGGCGAGGCAACAGCCAUGGCUGCAUCUGGGGGUCCCGUGCAGGAUCUCUGCGAGGAAGCCACUUGCCCCAUCUGCCUGGAGUAUUUCAGGGAUCCGGUGAUCAUCCCAGAGUGCGGGCACAACUUCUGCCGGUCCUGCCUGAUCCAGUGCUGGGGGGAAUCCGAGGGAGAGGCUUCCUGCCCUCAUUGCAGGGAAAUCAUUCAGCACAGGAACCUCAUCCCCAAUCGGCCGCUGGCAAAUGUUGUGGAAAUACUAGUAGCCGAGAAAGUCUCCCUUCCAGGGGAAAAGGGGGCAGAAGGAAAGGGGAGGGUCUGUCAGAAGCACCAGGAGCCCCUGAAGCUCUUCUGCAAGGAGGAAGAAGCCCCCAUCUGUGUCGUGUGUGACAGAUCCAAGGAGCACAAAAGCCACGAGGUGAUCCCUCUGGAGGAGGCGUCCCAGGAGUACAAGGAUCAACUCUGCAGCUGGAUAGAAAUUCUGAAGAAGGAGACGCGGGAAACUCUGGCAGUUAAAGCAGACUUUGAGAAGGAAAGCCAAGACCUGCUUAAACGAACAGAAGCAGAGAGGGAAAAGAUGGUGGCUGAGUUCAGACGGCUACGACAGUUUCUGGAAGCACUAGAGAAAAAUCUCCUGGCCCGGAUGGCAGAGGUGGAGAAGGAGGUUGCCAGGAAAAGCAAGGAGCACCUGGCCAGGCUGUCAGAGAAGCUCUCCUCUCUUGAAAACCGCAUCAAGGUGAUGCAGGAGAAGUUUCAGCAGCCAGCGAGCCAACUCCUGCAGGAUAUCAGAAGCUUCUUACAGAGGUCUCGGGCAAAGCAGAACUUGCAGGAUCUUCCUGUGGCUUUUCCCUCUGCCCUGAAGUGGAGGAUCUGGGACUUCUGCGAUAUAAAUCCCUUCCUGAUGGGUGUCAUGAAUAAAUUCAGAGAAUCUCUGCGGUCAGGACUUCAGCUGAGAAAAGAGAACAUAACUUUGGAUCCAGGCACAGCCCAUUCCCUGCUCAUCCUGUCUGGAGAUCUUAAGAGUGUGAGGAAGGGAGAAAGGCAUCAAGACAUACUAAACAACCCAAAGAGAUUCGACUACCAAUACUACGUGCUGGGACGUGAUGCAUUCAGGGAAGGCAGACGUUUCUGGGAAGUCGCUGUGGGGAGCGAGGGGGAAUGGGCCGUGGGGGUGGCCAGAGAGUCUGUGAAGAGGAAAGGCGAGUUCAUCCCGGGUCCCAAGGAAGGGUUCUGGCGCAUAGGGAAGUGGAGUGAUCAAUACAGGGUCUCCACCCGCAAUGGGCAUCCUGUUUCGAUUCUGGGUGCAGAGCCCAAGAGGAUCCGAGUGGCCCUGAACUGUGAAGGGGGACGGGUGUCCUUUUACGAUGCUGAUACAGCAGCCCUUCUCCACUCAUUCUCAGAAGCCUCCUUCUCAGGAGAGACCCUCCAGCCCUUCUUUUACGUGAGCAAGAAAGGCAUUUUGAAACUCUCUGCCUAAGGGUGGAGACAGAUGGGCAUAAACUCACUGCAUUGAUAAACCUUUCUCCCUGGCAGUGGGCGGGCUUUGGCAACCUUUAGUAACAUGGUGCCCUAAGCAAGCUCAAAAUUUGCCAACCCCAAAUGGUUUUUCUCAAUUGCGGGCAUUCUCAAUUUUGCGCCCCCUUCAGCUCAGGGCCCUGUUCAGGGGAACCACCCACACCACCCAAAAUGCAGGAUCAAACUCACAAGGUUACUUCCGCCCUGAGGAGCCAUAAGUUGCUGCUGAAUGAUUGGCUGGCCCAUGUGGCAUUCACGAUGC